UCAUCGUCGUCUUCGUCCUUAAAUUUGCGAGACGAGAACCCUAGUUUAAACCAUGCAAAUGCAACUCCUGAAGAUACCCACCAAGCAUUUUCUCUCCCCCUCUCGCCUCAUCAACCUCAUCCUCAUCCCCUCCUCCCUCUACAUCCUCUACCUCCUCCUCUCUCUCCUCUUCAGCAGCAGCCACCACCAUCCCCAAUCCUAUGUGCGCUCCCUCUCGGCCGCGUCGCGACCCGGUGAUCCCGCUGCCUCGACCUGUCCUCCUCCUCUCUCUCUCAACCACCUCGUCUUCGGCAUCGCCUCCGACAAGAACUCCUUCCCCCGCCGCCGGCAUUACAUCGCGCAAUGGUGGCGGCCCGGCCUCACCCGCGGCUUCGUCUUUGUCGACGCCCCCGUCCCCCCCACCGCCGGCAAUGACACUCGCCGCCUCCUCCCCCUCCCUCCUAUCGUCGUCUCCAAGGACACUUCCGGGUUCCGCUACACCAACCGUAACGGCCUACGCUCCGCCAUCCGCGUGGCCCGCGUCGUGGUGGAGACGGUGGCGAUGAAUUUGACCGGCGUGAGGUGGUUCGUGUUCGGGGACGACGACACGGUGUUCUUCCCCGAUAACCUGGUGAAGACGCUGUCCAAGUACGACGACGGGCUGUGGUACUACAUCGGGAGCAACUCGGAGGUGUACGAGCAGAACCGGGUGUUCUCGUUCGGGAUGGCGUUCGGCGGGGCCGGGUUCGCCAUCAGCUACCCGCUGGCCCAGGUGCUGGCCAAGGGGUUCGACGGGUGCAUGGAGCGGUACGCACAUGCUUACGGGAGCGACUCGAGGGUCUACGCCUGCUUGACCGAGCUUGGUGUCGGGCUGACGCACGAACCCGGGUUUCAUCAGUUCGACGUCCGGGGCAACACGUUCGGAAUCCUCGCGGCGCACCCGCUCGCCCCACUGUCAUCCCUCCACCACAUCGACUACACCGACCCGAUCUUCCCCAACAUGACCCGACCCGAGGCCCUGCGGCACCUCUUCUGGGCUGCCCAAGCGGACUCCCAGCGGCUCCUCCAGCAGUCGGUCUGCUACGACCCGUCGCUCUCGUGGACCGUCUCGGUCUCGUGGGGCUACGCGGUCCAGGUCUUCCCCCGCCACCUGCCGCUGACCGAGGCGGUCCGCGUGCGGGAGACGUUCCGGCAGUGGAAGAAGGGGAGCGUGCUCGCGAGGUCCUACGGGUUCAACACCAGGGAGGUGGAGCCCGACCCGUGUCAGCGGCCCGCCGUGUUCUUCAUGAGCGGCGUGGCUUCGACGAAGGCUUGGAUCAAGAGCGCUUACAGGAAACACGACGAUGGCAACUGCUCGACCGACAUGGCUUCGCCGAGGAAGCUCGACGAAGUGAGGGUCUACUCUAGCAAACUCGAUCAGGAUAUCAAACAGUUGCGGGCUCCCAGACGGCACUGCUGCGACGUUUUGCCUUCCUCCAUUGGCGAAGUGAUGGAGAUUGCCAUCAGGGAGUGCGGAGAAGAAGAAUCGAUCUUCAUGCGUCAGUAGAAUAGGAUACACCGUUCUUUUUCUUCGGCUAAUUUUACGAGCUGAUUGUAUUACUACAGUGUACAUACUUUCCCUCAAUCCAUAAUACAACCAUACUGAAGAUUACCAACCA